AUGCGACGUAGUCAUGCGAGCGGGCAGUGGGUCAGCCGAGCAGUGCAGCGGGGGGCAGGGCAGCUCAAAAUCUUUAAUAACCUUUCGUAUUCCUGUUCCUCAUCCAUCGACCUUCGUCUACUCACACUAACAGCAAUUGGUGGAAGGCGAAAUGGAAAACUCGCCCAAAUCACAAUCGAGAUUCGUUUCAAUUCUGGCAUUCCCAUCAGUUUUCAUUAUGAAUCCUUGAUGCCAAAGAAGGAAUACUUCAACCAAUCUCUUUAUACCAUCGACAUCAGGCAGAAUGACAUCACCGCCGGCUUGGACGCCGGAAAAACGUAUGACGAACUCAUUCCACAGACGUUAUCCACCUUCUCCGGCGAUGUUAAGAGCAUGUAUGCCCUGGGGGUGAGGUAUUUCUGGAUUCACAACACCGGCCCACUCGGUUGCCUCGCGUACGUCCUCCUCCGACGAAACAUCAUAGCUGCCGGCGAGCUUGAUUCAGCCGGCUGUGCUGUCUUCUACAACAAGGCGGCACAGCAGUUCAACAAAAAGCUCAACGAGACUUUAGUGGAGAUGAGGAAGGAGCUGCCUCUUGCCGUUAUCACUUACGUGGAUAUUUACUUCGCGAAGUACUCGCUCUUCCUCGAGCCUGCGAAAUACGGUACGAUUUCGUCCUCAAGAUAG